AGAGAGAGAGAAAUGGACGGAGGAGGAGGGGCUGGUUGGAGUGGCGACGAAGCCGACACCACCAAGAAGGGAUUAGCGGGCACGGGCUUGGAAUUACCAGAGAAUCGCCAUGGAAACCUAAAAAGUGCUUCCAGCGACCAAAACCUCAAAGACCUCCUUCUCCAAAUCAAGUCCUGCAAAUCCCCUGCUGUUAUCAACUAUGGCGCAUCUUGGUGCCGUGUGUGUAGCCAAAUCCUUCCUGCAUUCUGCCAGCUGAGUAAUAGUUUUCCAAAGCUCUCCUUCAUCUAUGCAGACAUUGAUGAAUGCCCUGAAACUACUCAGCACAUUCGGUACACGCCGACCUUCCAUUUUUACCGGGAGGGUGAACGGGUGGAUGAGAUGUUUGGUGCUGGAGAAGAGCGGCUUCAUGAUCGGUUGUGGUUGCACUCCUGAACUGUUUGUUUCAAACAAUUAUUCAGCUGUGGCUGUGGGUGUAGUUUGCACCCAAAAUCUGUAUGGCUUUGUAUAAUUUGUGCCCAAGCUAUUACUCAAGUUGUUGAAUUUCUUGCGAUGAGCCUACAAUCAUGCAAUUACUAGAUUUUGAUUGUUCA